AUGACCUUCUCUUUUUUACCACCGGCUGGAGCCGAAUGUCAAAGAUGCGCGCAACUUGGCAUUCAAAACGUUUCCAACGUGGAACUAUCGACUGAGUCCUCGAAUCUGGUAGCCCAGCGGCUCGUCUUUGACGCUCCUAUUCCACCAUGCCUCCCAUCCUGUCCAAGUUGUCGUCGUCUAUGCCGAUAUUACUACAACACAGCUGGAAGUAUUCAACCCUCAAGAAUUUUCGGUGAGGAUCUCGCUGUGGCGGAUGCAGAUUCCCUAUUACGCAACUCGUUAUGGACCUGCAUGCAGGGUUCGCAAGAAGUCUCUCAAUUCAGACGUACACCAGGGUUCCCCCUUCAACCCCUCGACACUUUUGGAAAGGCCUUUCCUGACAGUACUGAGGGGACCGUCCGGAUUGUCCAAAAAAAACCCAACUACGCGGCAAUUUCAGCGUGGCUGAGAUAUUGCCAUGAUCGGCACCUGCCAUGUCAAAGCGAAUAUUCCCCGCCUCUGAAAAACAUUUUCCUUAUUGACGUGUACGAGAAGACCUUGGUAUCUUAUCCGGGCGAUUCAACAAAGCCAGUUGAGUAUCUAGCUCUAAGCUAUGUAUGGGGCUCAGGUGCCAAUUACCGGGUCAGUGGACCUGGUCCCAUUGCUAUUGAAAGACUUUCACAAACAGUCCAAGACAGCAUAGCUGUUACCAAGAACCUGAAGAUGAGAUAUCUGUGGGUUGAUGCAGUCUGUAUCGACCAAGACGAUAGGCAAAAGAAGCAUGAGCAAAUGGAUUACAUGGCAUCUAUAUAUCGUGGGGCUUGGGCGACUAUUGUUGCCGUCGACAGCAACAGUCGCAACAGUGGGAUGUCCAGGGUUCAUCCCGAGUCACAGCGAAGUCACCAGCUCCGAAUCGAGUUUGGAAAUGGAAAUAUCUUGAUCCAGAAAUUUCCCAGUUUUGAUCAACAACUGGCAGUAUCGCCGUGGAUGGGACGCGGCUGGACUUAUCAGGAAGCUUUACUAUCUCAAAGACUUGUGCUAUUCACCAAACAUCAAGUCUACUACAGCUGCAACUCCAUGAACUGUUGUGAGGCCCUCAAUGAUGAGCAAGCAUUUGGUGAUAAUAUCAAGCCCAUCUCACACCACGCAGGCAACAAAGACGACAGACCUCCGAAGACAGACCUCCAUUUCCCUACCAGGAAUGAAUUACGAAGAAACAAGCUGUUGGAAUACGAGCGGUUAUUAAAUCUCUACUUGAGGCGUCAUUUGAGCUACGACAAAGACAUCUUGAAUGCAUUCGCGGGAUUGCUGCAACGCCUUCAGCAACUUGCAUUUCCAACUGGUUUCUGGAAUGGUUUACCAAAGGAGAGUUUUAUGCAGUGUCUCUUGUGGCGUCAAGAACGUCACGACUAUGAUUCGUAUGGAUGCCCCAGAUGUUGCACCAAUCCUGCUCUCGCGACUCGACGAAAGUGUUUACCGUUUCCUACUUGGAGUUGGACAGGGUGGCAUUUGAAAUCGGGUGUACAUUUUCCGCAUUGUGUUGCCGAAUUCGAGCAGGAAGAAAGGGACAAAAUUAGAGACAAAGUCGAUUUGCGGCCCCCGCUGAUAAUUGAGACAGCGAACGGGCAGGCGCUGUUUGAUAAUUUGAGAGAUACCCACAGGAUGUGGCAACCCCGCAAGAGGCAUCGUCAUCACCUAAAACCUCUACUUGCAAGGUUAUCUACAACACGUGCACAUACCGCCAUAGAAAGUUCAUGUCACUCACCAGACCCGCCAAACCCGUAUAGAAAAGGCUUUAGUGCUCCCAAGACGUCGGACUCGAUCGAUAACUGCACGUUUGACCCCGAAAUGGAAAAAGAUACCAAGCUGAAGGUCAGGGGAAUAGUCCUGGAACUGCCUUGUCGGACUUCCAACCAAGCCUGA